AUAGAGACGGUGCUGAGAGAAGAUGGUUUCAGUUCCUGCUGGUCCUGAUUUGAGAAUUGUGAUUGUGUUGGAAUGUGCUGUUGGAAACACCAUCCAGGGAGAGAUUCAGUGUCCGAGACCUGUGAAAAAGAGAUGGUGCUGAGAGAAGAUGGCUUCAUUUCCUGCUGGUCCUGAUUUGAGAAUUGUGAUGAUUGGAAAAACUGGUGUGGGUAAGAGUGCUGUUGGAAACACCAUCCUGGGAGAGAAACGUUUCCGAUCUCGUCCCAGUUCAGAGUCAGUGACUGAGACCUGUGAAAAAGGUGAGGUACGGUGGGGUAACAGAGUAGUUAGUGUGGUAGACACACCAGGAAUCAUGGACACUUCAAAAUCUCCAGAAUUCAUCAAAAGAGAAAUUGUGAGAUGUGUCGAGGUCACAUGUCCUGGUCCUCAUGUGUUCCUGCUGGUCAUCCAAGUCGGUCGAUUCACCACUGAAGAGAAGAACUCAGUGGAAGCCCUGCAAGAGCUGUUUGGUCCAACAGCUAACCAGUACAUGAUCGUGCUGUUUACCCGUGGUGGUGAUCUUGGAGACAUGACCAUCCAACAGUAUGUACGUGAGGGCAAGCCAGAGCUUCGACGAGUCAUCCAAAGCUGUGGAAACAGGUUCCACGUCUUUGAGAACACCAGUAAAGACAGAAGUCAGGUGGUGGAGCUGAUCAAGAAGAUUGAUGACAUGGUUGCUGGAAACGGGGGAACGUACUACACAGAUGAAAUGUAUAAAGAAGUGAAGGAAAAACAACAAAUGUUAAAGGAAUGGGGAAUGAAGGCAAUGGCAAGUGGUGACAUGGAUGAAGACCAGUAUAAGUUCAUGACUGCACUGUUACAACGUGUCUUUCUUUUUCAUUCCAUUCUUGAAAGAGAGUAAAUACGGUAACUAUAAUCAGCAUUAAUAUCCAGUCAGACCCGGACAGCUUCUGUUCUUGUGUGAAAAUAUGGAAAAUAUUUUAAAAGUUUUGAUAGAAAUGUAAUGUUAUUUUAUAUUGCCUUAUAGCUGUCUAUCAGUAAAGACAUGUUUCAAAGAAAAUAUAUGUUCUUGAUUCUGAAUAAAAAGCAUUUAAAGAUCAA